AUGCAUUCAUCUUCGAUAUUCGUGGCGGCCACGGUGCUGCUGUCGGCCGUGGCCGAAGCUCAGGGCGACCGCCCCAAGUAUUACUUCCCGCGGCAGGUCAAACGCGCCUAUACCAACUCGACCCCGGCCGGCCAGUCAGACAAGCAGGAGAGGACGGAUGAGACAAGCGCGACCUCGUUUUCCCUGACAUCGUUGCCCUUCGGCCGCUCGUUUUCGCCCUCAACCUCGGGUCGUUCGUUAUCGGACUCGUUAGGGGCAGAAGACUCAGGUUCUGCUGGUACGACCCGGGAUCUGCUAGGCAGCGUCAUUAAUCCUAUUCAACCAACGCCGCCACAAGUAACUACAGUAAUCGUCUCGGAUACCACCGUCGUAUCAUACGCUUCGACCGCCGCUCCAGCAGCCAAAGAUUCAGUUGGAUCGACGGGCGUCCUUCCUCCAAUUAUAGUGUCCCCAACUGGAGCAUCCGCUCCUGUAGUCGUCCCGGAAGUCGAGUCGAGACCGACGGGUGGACUACCGGCAGUUAUAAUUUCCCCAACGGCAGCUUCGGCCGGCGCGGGAACUUCAACCAGUGCCAAAGUGCCUUCGUCAACGUCGGGUGGAAUUACAUUUGGACCUGGAGGCGUACUGACAUCCGAAAGCUCAUCAGUGGAGCCGGCAGCUACGACACCUGAGGAAUCCUCAGCAGGUGUGCCAAUUGCGGGUACAGGAACAGCACCAGCGUCUGUUGCGAGAGGCACUGGUGGUAUUCUUCCAUCACUCCUCAACCCACUGACUUCGGGCUUGGACAAUAUCUUCCCAGGCACAGCAGGUACCACGGCUCCCGCCUCAACCGCCUCAGCCUCUCCUUCGCAGACGGGUACCGGCGUAACUCAAGGACCAAAAGACCCCGCCACUGUUCCAGGAGUUUUGCCAACAGGCAGCGGAGGGACGGACCCAGCUUCUCCUACGCCUACUGAUCCUGGCAUUCUGCCAAUCUUCACGGCUCCCGCCUCCAUUCUAUCGUCAGUGCUUGGCGGUGUCGGGACGGCCGUUUCGUCAGUAGUGGAUCCUAUAGUUACGGUUCCAGCUCCGAUAGUUACAGUUCCAACAGGGAUUUUGCCCUCGACGACUGGCGCCGAUACCAGUCUUCCCGUAGGAACUGGCACCGCACCCGCGCCGGUAGAGCCAUCAACCGUGCCCGCCCCCGUGCCUACAACACCACCAGCGGAUAGCACCGGGUUGGGCGGCCUCCUCUCCAGCAUACUUUCACCUGAGACUACUGUGAUUGGAAGCUUGAGCAGCGACCUGCCGAUUACCGUUCCUGUUACCGUUCCCACUCCCACAGCAAACCCCCCAGAGCCCACAGAUGUCCCAACUGUAAUCCCGACGAACGGGAACAAUAAUACAACAGUUCCAGUGGAGACCGCACCACCGCCAAUUGACACAACAGCUCCACCACCGGUCACCACAACUCCUCCUGGGGAAACUGCUAGCCCAACAGAUGCUGGGACCACGCCGAUUAGUACCCCUGAUCCAACUCCAUCUAGUAUUCCUCCACAGGAGACCGGAACACCGUCAAAUUCAACGGUGGUUCCUCCCACCAACAUCCCGACUGGCAAUGUAACUGUUCCAAUCCCCACAUCACCUUCCCCCUCGGCCCCCGAACCGACCUCGUUGCCACCUGUCACAGGCAUCUCAAGCCUUACUACGGCUCCGCCGGCACCAACCCCAACAGGAGUGCCUGAGACUGUUCUUCCCGUUACAACGGACACCGACACAUCCAUGUGGCUACCUACCACCUUGAUCGCAGCUUCGUCGUCGACUUUGGCGCCCGGCCAAGUCCCAAGCCCUAAGCCAACCGGUAUCCCAGCAAAUACGCCUAGAGUCAUCUCCAACCCCGAUAAUGUUACGCCACCGGAAGGCUCUUCCAAGAUUCAGAUUGGAUUUACAUAUGACUUGAAUUACCCCUGGGUCAUGUCUCAGCUCCAGACAUCUAACCAGAUCUUCAAGUAUCUACCGAUUGGUAUCGCGUUCGGAUUGGGCUUGGAAGUGGAACAGGUUUUGGUGUCGACUCUUUCGCCACUCGAUACCACUGCCUCAUUGGACUUCAUCACUACCGUGGCCAUGGUGCACAUCCCAUCCUCGCUAGUAGACAAGUUGAACGUCGAUAUCCACAUUCCAGUAGCCCUGCUGUACAAGAAUACCGACCCCACUGUCUCACAAUUGAUGAGCUACAUUAACCCCGCCAUUCCCAUUCCUCCUGGAAUGAAUAUUGGUGGCACUGCGACCGGUACCGGAGCCAGUGGCUCGCCAACUGCAAACCCGGCCGCUGGUAAUGGAGUUUUCAACAGCGAUUCCCAGAACCAGUCCUCAUCUGUGAAAGGCACCACUGCAGGUAUCGCGAUGGCAGCCAUUGGAGGGUCCGCCCUGUACGGCGCUGCUAUGUUUGUGAUUGCACGAAGGUACAAGAGACGCAAGCAGAGCCAUCGCCGGUCCAGUUCAAUCAUCAGCCCGUCGGAGAUGAGACAAUCGGGAAGUCCAGCAUUGAUGGGUGGUGCCAAUGCCUUCAUGUCUGGAGGCCGCCAAACACCUGCGGGAACGACACAUGAUAGAAGCAGCAAGGGAAGCGGACGAAGUGCAGGUAACUCGGCGCGGACACAACAAAUCUCCGCUCCAAUGAUGGCCGAGAACUCCCUGGGGUGGAACUGA